GUGCUUGUGGACGGGGAGGCACUUCCGGUGCGGCGGCCGGGUUCUUCCCGGCGUUCGGUCGCCAGAGGCGGGGAGGUUCCUGUCACCGCUUCCCCAGGGGCCGUGGCGCGUCCUGGGCCGGGCCGUCUCCCCGGCAUGCUGGGGCGGCCGCCCCCCUCGCCGAGCGCAGCCUCCCGGGCCCGCGGCCGCCUAUGUCGCUCGCUGGCAGCUCCGCCGCUGCCCCCGCUUCCACGCUGCUGCGCCGGACUCUGUGCCCCGGCUGGGAUGUGACCGGCCCGCGCUCGCCCGGUGCUGCCAACAAUGGAAGCUCAGUAUGAUGGCACUGAAGUAACUGUUGUGAUGGAGGAAAUAGAGGGCACCUACACCUAUGCAUCUCCAGUACCAUCUAAGAAGAAGAAAAAAUACAAAAGUCCUGGAGAUCAAGGGGAAAAGGCCAAAAAACCCAGAUCCGCUUACCUCCUGUACUAUUAUGAUAUAUACUUGAAAGUACAGCAGGAGCUCCCCCACCUCCCCCAAUCUGAAAUUAACAAGAAGAUCAGUGAGAGCUGGAGGUUGCUCAGUGUGGCUGAAAAAAGCUACUAUUUGGAAAAGGCCAAACUGGAGAAAGAAGGAUUGGACCCAAACUCCAAGCUGUCCACUCUGACUGCAGUAGUUCCAGACAUUCCAGGUUUCCGUAAAAUCCUCCCUCGUUCGGAUUACAUAAUUAUCCCCAAAACCACUCUUCAAGAGGACAGGAGCAGGCAGCACCUAGAACUAUGCGUGGCUCAGGGCCAAACAGCAUCUGAAGGAGUAACAGCUUCCACUAACAUCACCAGUGUUGCCCACGAUGCCAUGCAAAACAUCCUUUCUGUGGACUCGAGCCAUGUUGGCAUUUCUGAACAGUGCAUUGCCAUUGAAGGACUGGCAGAAGAGACUGCCUCAUUUGGUCAGUCAGACACUAUAGAAGAAGUAGUUGCUUCAGAGAUUCUCUCUCAUUAUGUCAGACCCAUAGCAGAUAAAAUGACUGGAGAUAUCCUCCUGGAUGAGGCUUCUUUGGAAAUAGGAGAGGGACAUCCAUAUCAGACAACUAGCGUGGUUAUUGAAGAGACUCUGGUUAGCAGCUGCAGAGACAUCUCCAAUGGGAGCAUUGCUGUGGCACAACCCCAGGUUUCUGAUGGUUUGUCUGUGGUAGCAGUGGUGACCGGGAGGGACACAGAUGAGAGCAGCUCCUCCAUGCCUACCACCCAGUUUAUUAUGCUACCUCUCCCGGCUCACUCUGUUGUGGAGAACCCAACAUCAAUCAAACUGACAACCACUUACACCCGCAGGGGCCAUGGAAACUGCACCAGUCCUGGUUGUUCUUUUACUUAUGUCACCAGACACAAACCGCCAAAGUGCCCAAAGUGCGGGAACUUCCUGGGAGGGAAAUGGAUCCCAAAGGAAAAGCAACCGAAAGGCAAAGCUGAGCAGAGUUCAGGGAUCCCCCUCAAAGCACCAGGGGCUAAACGAAGCCAGCAGCCAGUAGCCACAGGGCAGACAGCUGCUCAGGAGGAUGGCACCAAGUCUUCUCUGGAAAGCUCUGAAGCGGUCAGCCAGCUACUGAAUGCAGUGCCUGUUCAGGAGCAGAUACAGGAGACUGAAUGGGAAGAAGUGAUCAUCUCUGAGGCUCACAUCCUUGCCAACAAUGUGCAAGCCCAGGACAGAGGGAAUGCAGCAGCAGUGACGCUGGCUAAAGAUAACGAUGUGCAGGGCAACUCCUUCGAGCAGCCCGAGAAAGACAGCAUAGGGACAGGGCCACAGCCAUCUGUUGAGAUGACAAGUCCACUUCCCAGUCCAACUGCCACUGUCAAAAAGCCAAUGGGAAUUGAUGCUCUUGCUGCUGCACCGAAAGGACAAGAACUGAAGAGCAAACCAAAACCCAAGCCCUCCUUACUGGCUGCUGCAAGACCCAUGAGAGCGAUCCUACCUGCCCCUGCUAGCUUGGGGAGGGAAGCCCGCACAGAGCAUCUCAGCAGCCAACAGGGCUUUCCAAGUAAUGAUAAGCAUUCCCCUGUGAGAACCUCGGGCCUGAAGCCCAGUACGCUGAAGCAGUUGGGUCAGUCUGUCCUACAAACAUCUAGCAUUAGUGAGCGAAAGCUCCACAGCAGCCCAACCAGCAGGGCCUCUCAGGUGAAAGUAGUGGAGGUCAAACCAGACGUAUUUCCCUCCUAUAAAUACAGCUGCACCGUAACUUUGGAUUUGGGAUUGGCAACAUCACGUGGCAGAGGGAAGUGUAAGAACCCCUCCUGUAGCUAUGUAUACACAAAUAGGCACAAGCCGCGGAUAUGUCCCAGCUGUGGCUACAACCUCGCCAAAGACAGAGCUGAGAAAACUGUGAAAUCCCUGGAGGUCAGCUCAGGUCUUCCUGAUGUCUUGAACACCAGUGAACCCCUAACACAGUCUCAGAAAGAGAUCCAGCGCCAGUCAACACUGCAGCUGCUGCGCAAGGUAAUGCAAAUCCCAGAGAAUGAGUCGGAACUGGCAGAGGUCUUCACACUCAUCCACGAACUCAACAGCUCACGGCUCAUCCUGUCCAACGUGAGUGAGGAGACGGUCACCAUCGAGCAGACCUCCUGGUCAAACUAUUAUGAGUCUCCAUCUACGCAGUGCCUCCUCUGUAACAGCCCUUUGUUCAAAGGGGGACAGAAUUCUCUCGCUGGUCCACAGGAGUGCUGGUUGCUGACUGCUAACCGGUUACAGGUGGUUACUGCCCAGGUCAAAGUGUGUUUGAAUCUGCAGUGCCUGGCCUUGCAUAGCUUCACGGAUAUAUACACAGGCCUGUUCAACGUGGGUAACAAGUUGUUAGUGAGCCUGGACCUUCUGUUCACUGUCCGAAACCAUAUUAAACUGGGAGAGGAUCCCAAAGUGGCAGUUGGCAGCAUCCUGGAAUCUGUGCAGGAACAGACCGAGAAAACCCUGAGCCACGAGGAGCUGAGUCAGCUCCAGGAGCUGCUGUGCAGUGGCUACUGGGCCUUUGAGUGCCUCACUGUCCGGGACUACAAUGAUAUGAUCUGUGGAGUCUGUGGAAUUGCCCCCAAGAUUGAGAUAGCCCAGAGGAAUGCAGAAAACGUCCUGGCGCUAAAGAAUGUCGAGUUUACCUGGCCAGAGUUCUUGUCAUCCAGCGAGGUAAAUGUGGAAGAUUUCUGGUCCACGAUGGAGACAGAAGUGAUAGAGCAGGUGGCGUUCCCAUCUAGCAUCCCGAUCACCAAAUUUGAUGCCUCUAUUGUUGCCCCCUUUUUCCCACCACUGAUGAGAGGAGCUGUGGUUGUCAACACCGAGAAGGACAAGAACCUAGAUGCACAUCCGGUGCCAGGUAGUGGGAGUGCUUUGGUGAGGCUGCUUCAGGAAGAAUCCUGCAAACUGGAGCAGAUCAACUCUUAUAGUGAGGAAGAGCUGCAGUAUUUCUUGACACAGUGCAGCAUCCCCUGGGGGGCAGCAGACACGAAGGACCAGCUCUGUUACUCCCUCCUGGCUCUCUAUGACUUUGUACAGAAUGGGGCAGAUGCCAAACAACCCCCCGUCCACCACACAGGAGGCAAAAUCUACAAAGUGUGUCCACAUCAGGUGGUGUGUGGCUCAAAGUACAUUGUGAGAGGGGAAAGUGCCCGGGACCACGUGGACCUGCUAGUCUCCUCACGCCACUGGCCACCAGUCUAUGUGGUGGAUAUGGCUUCUUCGGUGGCAUUGUGUGCAGAUAUCUGCUGCCCUGCCCUGACUGUCCAGAUGUGGGGGAAAAACCAGGGAUGCUUCUCUGAUCCCGUGGAGCCCCCAACGUGUGUGUCCUGCCCGGAGCUGUUAGACCAACACUACAGUGUAGAUAUGACCGUAGCUGAGCACUCUGUCCAGCACCCAGUCACCAAAUCCACAGCCCGCCGAAUUGUUCACACCGGGGCAGAGCAGAACAGCCAGAGUGAUGCAACUGCUCGGCACCGUUCCAUCUCACUGUGCCAAGAGCUAGAACCUUAUAGUGCCAUCCUCACUGCCAUCAAUGACAGCAAAAGCAGCCACGUCCGCCAAAGGCCCAUCACCUUCGACAACGCAACCCACUAUUACCUCUACAACCGCCUGAUGGAUUUCUUCACCAGCAGGGAGAUCGUGAACCGGCAGAUCCAUGAAAUCGUGCAGAGCUGUCAGCCCGGCGAGGUGGUGAUCCGGGACACGCUGUACCGAUUGGGAGUGGCACAGAUCAAGACAGAAACCGAGGAGGAGGAAGAAGAGAACCAGGAAGAUGAUGGAGAGGUUGCUGAAUAAACCGCUCUCAACUGGUGGUUAGUCCCUUUCUAACCAUGCAGAUGGGCGUGCUGGGCUGCUGCAAGGUCUUGGCAGACUGGCUAGGCUUAACUGCAGGAGGUAGUUGGUUUUUGCUUUUUUUAAACAAAGAAGCUGUGAUUGCUUGCACUGACCAAAGAGCCAUGUGCUUCCAGAGGAUCAUGAUUGCUGCUGUGAGCAUAAGUUCCGUUAACAUCCUUGCUUACAGGAUGGGAUUCCCUUCCAAGGUGCUUCUUGGACCCGUCGAUUUGUCGUGCAAUGUGCUGUUCUCACACAGCAGCUGGAUGGGGUGAAGGGAUCAGUUUCCAGUCCCUGGGAAUGUCUGAGAUGGAAAAGCACAGGGUUGGUUUUUUUUGUUUUGUUUUGUUUUUUGUUUUCAUGGAUCUUGUUUGCUGACCUUGUUAAUAUCAUCAGUACAGGGUUGGGUGGGGGGAGCAGGAUGGAAGAAAGGUGGAUGAAAAUGUCCAAGUCCCCACCAAAUUCUGCUCUGAAUGGAUUAGCAUAAUACACGGACAUUCCCGCUUUGGAAUCACCCCUUCCAUCUGGCUAUGCAUUCAAAAGGAUCAUGUUUGGUGGCCUGCAGCUUUAAAAUAGUCAAGUUUGGGUAGCCUCACAGGAGGUGCUAGUGCCCAGAACUGAGUUAAGCAGUCAUGUGGGGUGGGUGCUCCCUGCUGUUGUCCUGGGUUCAGUAACAGUGCAGUAGUGCAGGUAUUUAGCCUGUGGAGAGGUGUGUCUGAGUUUCUAGGACUGUUAGUCCCUUAACAGGAGGAGCAGUAAUAAUUAUUUCAAUCUUGAUGGUUGUCUGCAUUACCGAAGAGUUGAACUUGAUGAUGGGUUGCCCUGGACUUGGCUAGCCAAGGGCUAACAAACUUCUUUAAGGACUGCUUUGAGCUGUCUAAGGCAACAACUUUUUAAACCAGCAAGGCGCUUGAAUUCCACGCACUUCUUUUUGGGCACUUUAUUCUUUUAGCUGUUACAUCCCAUUCAUAGACUUCAAGGAAAAUUUAUAUUUGUCCUACAAUUGGGGCUGAAUGGCAAAAGACAGCUGUGCAGCAGUAACAAGAGGCAAUGAAUGCAACGUAACCAGAGAGGCCCAUGAAGAGAGAUUUUUAUAAUCCUCUCCCAACUGAGACUGUGGUUGAGAGGGCUGCAUCCACUCUCCUUUCUGAGCCGUUUGCAAAGUGUGGUGACCCAUCCUGCCAUUAUCCCCACAGCGCUGUCAAACUUAAAUGGGUCCGUGCUAUCUAUACACUGCUCUCACUAUUUUCCUUUGAGCCAGGCUGAGUCCCCCUUCCCUCCAGCAUAUUUAAACAGCAGCUCAAACCCUGUUUGUAUAGCUGCUUGCAUUGUCCACUGACACCCUUUCUCUGCUGCUGGCCAUAAAUCUCAAAAUAUACACGUCAGGUCCGGCUCAAACAAGGUAGAAGGUGGGAUACUGGAAUGGUGGGAAACCAGGAAAACUUCCAGGAAGGCUUUUCCUUGUGUGGUCAGAAGAGUGGAUAAGAGACUUGUGGUGUUGAUGAAAAUUCCCUUCUGUGAAGGGGAACCUACUGAGUACCAUACUGUAAACAUAAAUGUAUUAAGUCUGAACAAAUGCAGUAAUUAUGGUUUGGGGUUUUUCUGUUUAAAAAUGUUAAUUUAUUCUAAAAGACAUUAGUGACUUUUUUCAGUCAGUGAUAAAUUUUAAUAAAUUAUCUCCAAUUUUUUGGGUGAAA